CACCGUCUUGCUUUUCAUUGUACGAUAAACAUGGGGUGUCAACGUCUGGUUUAACCCACCCUUUUUGGUUGUCUUCUCCAAUGAAAUACAAGAUAAAUGAAGCCCGAGUUCCACACAGCCUGCAGUACCGUCCCACCUCCUCUGAACAGCGAAGCAGAGAUUACUCAUAGAAUAAGACUUACAGUAAUAUAGUGCAUAAAUUCGUGAAAACGCCACAGAUUUCACCGCCACAGUUUUACACACUGUUCAAAAUAAAAGGAAUACAAACGGUUUUUAAUUUGCUGUUGCAAAUAAAGGGAACGGAGGCUGGAAGGAUCGUUAAGACGGCAGAGCAUACUCCUUCACGAAAGUUUAGUCUUCUUGCUGGAGGAAACCGCGUUGAGGUAGAUUUGAACGUUUGCACUUCGAGUAUAGACUGUAUCUGAGUGGUGAAUAUUUCCUGCACGACAGAAGCAGAAGUCUUGGAACCUGCGAAGAACGAACGUAGCAUCACCAUGGCUGGGAGUCAGGCUGUGUCGGCAGUGCUUUUUGCUUUGUGGUGUGUGACAGCUGCAGGCCCGUUGCCCAGGAGCGGAUGUGUGCAGGCACCUGUCAGUGAGUCCCACCCUGUGCGGGCCCUGCUGGAGAGCUUCACCGUGCUGUCGGGCUGUGCCAGCCGGGGUACCACCAGCCUGCCACAGGAGGUGCACAUCAUUAAUCUGAGGAGCCCAGGGGAGGGGCCCAGCCAGCACCAGAGAGAGGUGACUCUGCAUGUGAAGCCCAUCAGCUCCCUCAUGACCCAUCACAAGGCUCUGGUGUUCAUGCUCAAUUCACCUCAGCCCGUGGAAUGGAAGCUGAAGACAGAGAAGCUGUUGCCAGGUGUCCAGAGAACCUUCUAUGUGUCUGAAGGUUCCACGGUCCACUUCAAGUCUGGAAACUUCUCUGCGUCUACAGUGCAGCACCAGGAGAAGCUCCCUCAAGGCAACAAACAUCUUCUAGUCUGGGCUCAGAAGAAAUACGGAGCGGUGACCUCUUUCACAGAGGUCAAAGCUGCUCGGAACAUCUACAUCAAAGUAGGAGAGGACCCAGUUUUUCCUGCCAACUGCACCAUUGAGAAGAACUUCCUGUCUCUGAAUUACCUGGCUGAGUAUCUGCAGCCUAAGCCUGCCCAGGGCUGUCUGCUGUCCAGCCUAGGUGAACAGAAGGAGGUCCACAUCAUUGAGCUGCAAGCUCCAAACUCCAACCCCUACAGCGCUUUCCAGGUGGAUAUAAUUGUUGACAUCAGACCUCUCAAGCCAGACAGCACACUUUUCAGAGACCUGGUGCUAAUCCUGAAGUGUGAAAAGUCAGUCAAUUGGGUAAUCAGGGCCCAUGGCGUCAUUGGAAAGCUGGACGUUCUGACGUCUGACAGCGCUGGCAUCGACAAACAUUCGAGGGAGAUUGCAUUGAUUACGACAGCGAAGUUGGACCUGCCCUCCAGUGCUGAAGCUUUGAUUAAGUGGGUCAAUGAUCAUGGCUACGGCCCUGUCACCACCUAUACCAACGCUCCUGUGGCAAACCGUUUUCAUGUGCGCCUGGAAGAAACAGUCGUGGGCGAGGAGGUUGUUCACAUGAUCCCCACUGAACUGGAGAUGCUCCGGGACCCCAACCCCCAGCCUGGGCUGAGAAGCCAAGACGGCUUCGGCUUUCCCUUUCCCUUCGGCAGGGAGCGCUACAACCGAGAGGAUGAGAUGAUGCGACCGCCUCACGCUUCACUGCCCUUUGGAGAUGACAUCAGGAAGAUGCUGGAGCCGGAGGAAGUGCAGGGCAGCCUCAACGUGGGGCUGUCUGUACAGUGCGAGGACCACAGGAUGGUAGUUGCCGUUGACAAGGAGAGCCUGCAGGCUAAUGGCUACAGAGGCACAGACCUUACUCUGCAGGAUCCUACAUGCAAAGCAACAGAAAACACUACACAUUACAUCUUGGAGACGUCUUUGACUGGCUGUGACACCACCCCUUUCCCCUUUCCUAGUGGCUCACGUGUGGUUUACAUCAAUUCUAUCAUGAUAAACCAAUCCUACCCUGGAGAGGGAAGUGGUUUGCUGAGUGAUUUUGAGGACAUGGAAGAGUCUGAAGAUAAUGGAUACUCGGCGGACGCUGAGGAAAAUGUGAGAAACGGACUCAAAACCAUCUUGUUCAACUGUACGUACGGAAAGCCAACAAUUCCAGAAGGCCCACCAUUCAGACCUGGCGUGGCCAACAACAAUGUGACCUUCAGUAUGGAAUUCUACAACACGGCUCUCUUCCUUUCUCCAGCCCAGGCUCUCUACAUGGCCGCAGAGAACAGACAAGUCUUUGUAGAGGUCUCUGUAACCAAGACUGACCAGGAACUUGGUUUUGCAAUUCAAACCUGCUUCAUUUCACCCAGCUCGCUCCCCAACGAGCGCUCAGACUACAUCAUUAUCGAGAACAUUUGUCCGAAGGACGAGUCGGUGGUGUUCUACGACCCGCAGACGGUGGACUUCACAGAACCACACGCGCAAAUGGACAAGAAGAGGUUCAGCUUUGUGUUCAAGCCCAAGUACAACACGUCACUGCUGUUCCUCCACUGCGAGCUGACCUUGUGCACAAAGAAGGAAGUGGACAGCAAAGGGCUGCUUAAGUGCAUCCCGCCGGAUGAGGCCUGCACCGCGGUCAAUGGGGACAUGAUCAUUCAGAUGUUUAAGCACAGAAAGACCACCACCAAGCCACUGGUGGUUGUGUCCGAUAAGGGCAGGACAGCUGAUAAUUUCAAAGACGACCCAAUAAAAGAAGCUGACAAAAGUCCCCAGCCAUCAUAUGUUAUGCAUGGCUUGGACACGGCGACUGUCGUGGGAAUCGCGUUUGCAGCUUUUGUGAUCGGUGCUCUGCUGACGGGGGCCCUGUGGUUCAUUUACGCAAACACAGGUGAGACAGCUGGAAGACAACAAGUGCCCACAUCUCCCCCGGCCUCUGAAAACAGCAGCGCGGCCCACAGCAUCGGGAGCACACAAAGCACUCCCUGUUCAAGCAAUAGUACGGCCUAACCCAGGGGAGUGUGGAGCAGCCUGGGAGCACAGGAAAAAGGGCAUGGGUUCACAGCGACUGUUUGUUGAUGUUAGCUUUCCCAGGAUGAAAGGAAUUAUAACUGGUUGCUUUUGAAAGCAGAGAAGUGUUUUUUUUUUUUCUUUAAAAGAAAACACCUGAUGUCCCUUCACAAAACAAAACAAAACAAAACGUUUAGACGUGUGUGACAGAACUGCUAAUUACCCUGCACUGGGAACUGUUGAAAGGGGUUGAGUUCCUGAUGUGAAAUACAGGACAGUGUUUUUUUUUGUUUUUUUGUUUUUUUUUGGUUUUGUUUGUUUGUUGUUUUUUUUCAAAUGCUGCUUUUGUUCAUAGAAAAGGAAAAUCGUGAUUUCAUUUUUGUAUUCAACUUCUUCAGUAUGUUCUUGUAAAAUGUAUGCAGUUCAUGGAUGAUAGAAGAUGACAAUAUGGUUUUAUAGCCAAACAAAAUAAAAAAAAUAAACAAAACUCAAGAGACUGUCUCAAAGUAAAUGGCUUCAAAUUACACUUUAAUGAUUGUUUUACCUUUCAUUAACCUGAGUGGUUCUGAGUUCUAGAGAAUGUUGGUUGAAUUUAGCUAAAAGCCAUUUAGACUGCUAAAUACAUGAGAAACCGAACUCAGAACGACUGCAGACAUAUUAAAAAGUAAAAAAAAAAGAAGUAAAAAAAGUAAUUUGAAGCUAUUUACUCUUUAAUUUUGUGUGCAUAUUGUAAAUAAGUAGUGUUAAAACAGUACAAAGAUAUAUAUAUAUAUAUAUAUAUAUAUAUAUAUAUAUAUAUAUAUAUAUAUAUAUAUAUAUAUAUAUAUAUCAUUAGAAUACAAAAUGUUCCAAAUGAAUUCCAUUGCAGUGACGUUUCCGGAAGACGUAACUGAUUUGUAUGGAAGAUGAUAAUAAAUACAAUUACAGGAUUGGGCAUUAUAAAUGAAUAAAGAUGAUCUAUUGAAAAUAAAUAAAUGAAUGAAUAAAUAAAUAAAUGCUAAUUAAAUAUGCUUAUUUGGGGGUUUACACCACUAUCUUUAUUUUUAAAAAUAAUUUACAUUUAUAUAUAGAUAGAUAGAUAUUCCACACUGUAUACCUGUAAAUACAUUCUUCCGCUACAUUCUUAACGUCACUCUGGAAAGCUGAAAAGAUUACAGUGACAUGAUUCACUGGAGGGCACCGUCGUUCCUGACGUCAUUGUAAAUAUAUAAAUACAGAUACCCAGAAACAUGACAUUUAAAACCGCCUCCCAGACGACACUUCUGAUGUCCAGCCACCAUUUACACUACCAGCACCUCUCAUAUCAUACUUUAAAGCAUUUUUAUCAAGUGCCUUCAUUAAACCAAUCGGAAGUAUUUGAUUGGGGAAAAAAAUCUAAAUAGGGCAGGAGGGAAAAUAAAGUUUAUCGAUGCAGAGGUUUGAUUGUUCGAAUUCUGUAGUGUAUAUAUUUUGGAUAGAAAAAAAUAUGUGUUCAUGUAUAAAAUGUUACCUGUGAACUAAUUGCUUGUUUUUACUCAAAAACUUAUAACAAUGUUUCUUGCUGCAGUUCAUGCCUUGUUAGAAUGUCGUUUAUCUCUAUUAAAUAUGUGUUGUAUGUAAAACGUUUAUAGAUGUCUUCAGAGAAGACAACAGAGUAUUUUAGUAACACAGCUAUAUUUUUUACUAUUUUUGUGGACUUUGUAUAAAGUCAUAUUUGUUUUAAAAACAUGUACUUAAAUAGAGCCAACCUAUACACUUUUUAAAAUUCAUUUACUGUGAAUUUUGUUUUUAUCCCCGUGCCAUCUAAUUGUAUUUUUGCUACUAUUUUGUAAGUCCCAGUCCUCUUUUCUUCCUUGUGUGAGUUACGUUUAUGUGUAAAUGUGGUUUGCUUUUGUGAAUAGGCGUGCUUUAAAAAAUAACCAUCAAUGGCAUUAAUUCAUAGAAAUUGUAUUCAGCUCAAAUACCAAAUGUAAUCUCACGAUUUGUAUUGUUUGUCAAGUGCUUUAUUUUGUGGGCUAAAUUCAAUAAAAGAUACAGGGAGAAUGUAGAAAAGUAUUAUUAUGUUAGUCUAUUGUUCUUUGUUACAAAAUGUAUUAUUAAUUUAAGGUUUGGGGAGGUAAAAAAAAUCUGGCUUUGAAAUUCAAAAAUAAAAAAUAUAUUUUAUGACAUACAAGUUAAAUCACUUAUCUAUUUUUUUCUUAAACUUGUACAUUUGUGUCUUUUAACGAAUAUUACCCACAAUCCUCACAUUUGGAGGGAUAUAUCCCAGGAAACACGGCAGCUGUUUUUCAGCCAUGAUCAUGGUGCGAUCCUGAAUGUUUCACAAUAAAGCAUUUUAAGCUUUGUCAUAAAGCAUUAGUGUGACAGACAGUACUGAACACUUCAGUGUACUAACUGCUCUGCUACUACAUUAUGAAUACGAGCCCUCGCGAGAGUGAAUGAUGCUUUUUUUCCUGUCUUUCUAUCUAGAGAAUAAGCUGUGGGGGAAGGCUGGUAAUCACUUACAUUGCCUAUAAAAGGUUUUGAUAGCAUUCCAAUGGUUUUGUGGCUUCCCUUUCGAAUGUGGUGGGCUCACCGGAACAUUGGUCACUACAGUACAGUACCUCUGGCCCUUUAAAAACGUGGUCUAAGGCAGCUGCAGAUUUCACAACCUUACACCAUUUCGACAAACAUUUUUUUCAUUUUAAUUAAGAUUGUACAUUUUCUCAACUUUUUUUUUUCUUUAAAUGUAGGCCUAAAUCUACCUCACUGUUUUUUUUUUUUUACUGCUAGUUUCUUGGCACUUGUGAGUGAUGUCAGUUGGCUAAUGUGCCUUUUGUAUAGCCAGAAGCAGGGGUGUUCAAUCAAACAAGAACGUGUGAUCAAUUACAGCGCAAUAUCCAACCGAACGCUAAGGCAUAAAUAUUUCAGUCAAGACGGGCAUAUAAAUUAACUUUUUUUUUCCCCCAAAGCACCCAGCUCAUGUAACAGCUGUAGCCAGCUUGAACACCCCUUGCUUUUACAUUUUCAGUUUUUAAAGCUAUUGUAAAGGGUCUCAGCUGUAAAUAGGUCUUUUGUAUGCUUUUGUAUGCAUAAUAAAGCUGUAUAAUCACUAAA